AAGCAAGCCAAGGAUCACCUCGGAAUUGAUGGCGAUGAGAACUCGAUGAUGUUCGAAGACACUGUGGCUCCUGCAAAGGCGACCAUCAUCCAGCACCAGACAUCUAAGGUUGACUCACCCUGAGUCUGGGUCGGUGGCGAUCCCGGCCGUGUUGCGGACGUCGGGGCAGGGCGAGAACCAGUUCACGAUGGGCUCCAUGCAGAAGGUUCAGACAGCGCACGAAACGCAUCUUGUGCACAGUGGACAUGCGGCCCCCCAUGGGCGCAGUGCGGAACAGCAUGGGUUGACCCAGGCUCAGAGGGCGCUGCUACUAACUAUAGAGGAAGGUAUUUCGGCCGUGGAUGCGGCACACAGCGACUUGCAGAAGAGAGGUGAAGUUCCUAAGCUGGGAGCAGACGCACACUCUGUGAAAUGGCGGGAGAACCAGCUGGACCUGAAUCGACAGAAAGUUGGAGCCCAGCUGUCGGCCAUGAAUGCUGCGACCGCUCAGCUCGUGACCUUGACCUCUGGCAAGGAGGAUGAAAUUGAUUACACUGCUGUUGGAUCGGCCAUCAAUCAAAUCUCGUCCAACAUGCCUGAUCUGAGCCGGGACGUCAAGGUGCUGGCCGCGCUACAGGAAGACUCCCAGUCCGGCGACCGUCUGAUGGAUGCGGCCAGACGUCUGGCGGGCGCCUUCUCCAGCCUACUCAGUGCCGCACAGCCAGGCAGUCAGGAGCCGCGACAGAAUCUGUUAGCGGCGGCCAGUAAGAUCGGCGAGGCCAGUCAACAGGUGAUGGAAGAGGUUGGGGAAACCGUUCAAGAUCUAGACAAGGCAUUCCAGGAAACUCUUCUGUCGUUGGCGAAGGCUGUUGCCAAUGCGACGGCGUCUCUGGUGCUGAAGGCGAAGAAUGUGGCCAGCAAGACAGAGGACCAGGGACUACAGAACAAAGUAAUCAGCUCGGCCACGCAGUGUGCACUCGCCACCUCACAGCUCGUCGCCUGCACCAAGGUUGUGGCCCCGACUAUCGGCAGCCCGGCGUGUCAGGAACAGCUGAUAGAGGCAGCCAAGCUGGUAGCGAAGUCCGUGGAAGGGAUCGUCGAGGCUGCGCAGUCGGCGUGUAAGGACGACGUCGCGUUGCAGGACCUGGGUGGAGCUGCGACCGCGGUGACCAAGUCUCUCAACGAUCUGCUGCAACAUAUCAAGAAGGCGGGAGGCCCUGUUAGGGCCCAGGAGCAGCAUGAGGAAGCAGUAGAUCAGAUAAUCACCGUCACUGACCGACUGUUCAGCAGUGUUGGCGACGCCCACGAGAUGGUCAAACAGGCUCGUUACCUGGCGCAGGCCACAUCUCAGCUGGUGAGUGCUAUCCGGGUUCAGGCGGAGGGCCACACUGACUCGGAGAUGCAGAAACGUCUCCUGGCGGCCGCCAAACAACUCGCAGACGCAACGGCCAACCUCGUGGAGGCAGCCAAGGGAUGUGCGACCAGCCCCAAUGACUCCUCCCAGCAGCUUAUCUUGAAGAGUGCCGCCGAAGACUUGCGCACAGCAACCAACGCUGCAGCUAGCAACCAGUUUAAACGCAAAGUCAUCAAUCGACUAGAGAAUGCUGCGAGACAAGCUGCCGCAGCAGCCACCCAGCUGAUCAACGCGUCUCACUCGGCGAACAAGACGAACCGCAACACGACCUCGCAGGCUCACCUCGUACACCAGUGUGAAGACGUGAACGAGGCCAUACCCUACCUCGUUCAGAGUCUGAAGGCCGUACAGCGCAGCCAGGACACGGCCACCGCGCAACUCAACCUGAUCAACGCCAGCCAGGACUUCAUACACCCGACCGGCAAGUUGAUCGCUGCAGCCAAUGCAGCCGCUCCAACCAUCAGCAACCAAUCAGCUGUGUUAACGCUGAACAACAAUGUCAAGGUCAUGUCGACAGCGCUGGCAGAGUUACGAGCAGCGUCGGCAAAGGCGCAGGAGGUGUGUGGAACUCUGGAGGUGGACAGCGCGGUCGACCAAGUACAGAACUUGGACCGGGAACUCGAGGAGAUUCGGAGGGAGGCGCGAGAGGGACGACUGGUGCCAAUUCCAGGAGAAACGCCUGAGUCGAGUGGACUGAAACUGAGCACCACAUCAAAAACUGUUGGAUCUUCCAUGGCUCAGUUACUGACUGCAGCCGCCCAGGGUAAUGAAGACUAUGUAGGAAUAGCGGCCCGUGACACGGCGAAUGCGCUGAAGGAGUUGACGUCUGCGGUGCGAGGUGUGGCGGCCACGUCCCAGGACCAGGAGGUCCGGCAGGCGAUCAUCUCGAGUGCCCAUGAGGUUCUCAUCCAGUCCAUUCGUCUGCUGGACGAGGCGAAGAAAGCCAUGGGUGACCCCAGCAAUCCGGAGAACCAGCAGAGACUCACACAGGUUGCGAAGUCGGUGUCUGUGGCUCUGAACAACUGCGUGAACUGUCUGCCGGGACAGAGAGAUGUGGACAACACCAUCAGGAAAAUCACAGCCUCCAGCCAGACUCUCUCCUCACCAAGGUUCCCGCCUACCGGCAAGUCGUACCAGGAGGUUCAGAUAGAUAUGAACAACGCUGCGGUGGGGUUGAACCAGGCGGCCAGUGACAUCGUGUCAUCGUCGCGUGACACGACGCAGCGACUCGCGUCAUCCUCGAACCAGUACGGUCGCGCAUACCAGGAGUUUGUCGACACGGGGCUCACGAUGGCUGGACUCUCCAAAGACGUAGAGACACAGAACCAGAUCGUGGGCGGCCUCAAGAGCGUUUCCAUGGUUUCCAGUAAACUGUUACUCGCAGCGAAGUCAGUCUCGGCCGACCCGAAUGCUCCAAAUGCAAAGAAUCUGUUGGCUCAAGCAGCCAGGGCAGUGACGGAAAGCAUCAACCAUCUGAUCAACAUCUGCACGGUAUCGGCUCCAGGCCAGAAGGAGUGUGACAACGCUCUCCGACAGAUACAGAUGAUGAGAAACUUGCUGGACAAUCCUAACGAGCCUGUCAGUGAUGUUUCGUACUUCGAGUGCCUUGAUGGAGUCAUGGAUAAAUCAAAGAUUGAGACGGCUACUUUAAUGAAAACUCUGGGUGACGCGAUGACUGGUAUCUCACGGUUUGCGAAGGAGGGUGACAUCGACGAGUUCUGUGAUUCUGUGCGCAACUUCGCAAACUCGGUCUGUGGUCUGACGGAGGCAUCAGCUCAGGCUGCCUAUCUGGUUGGAAUUGCGGACCCAGCCUCAGAACCUGGUCGUCCUGGAGUUGUUGACCAAUCACAGUUCGCGAGAGCCAAUCAGGCCAUUCAGAUGGCCUGUCAGAAUCUCACCAAUCCAGCCAGCUCGCAGCAGCAGUACAACGAAUGUUGGACUCUAAGGUCGAUGGUUCUGUCGGCGGCCACUGUUGUUGCUAAACACACGUCUGCUUUGUGCAACGCCUGCCGUCUGGCAUCGUCGAAGACAACCAAUCCUGUUGCUAAGAGACACUUCGUACAGAGUGCCAAGGAUGUCGCCAACAGUACUGCCACACUGGUCAAAGCAAUAAAGGCUCUGGACAGUGAUUUCACUGACUCUAACCGUAGGCUGUGUGCCGAUGCAGCACGACCGCUGAUCCGCGCGGUUGACGAACUGACAACGUUCGCUUCAUCGCCAGAUUUCGCCAGUAAACCAGCCAAGAUAAGCAUACAGGCUAGAAAAGCUCAAGAACCAAUUGCGUCGGCUGGUAAAGCAAUGGUAGAAGGAGCCUGCAACAUGCUGCAAGGGGCCAAGCAAUUGGCUAUCAAUCCUAAAGACCCGCCCACCUACCAGCUUUACUCCAAUCACUCAAAGAGUGUCUCUGAUGCUAUCAAACGAUUGGUGUCUUCCAUCAAGGACAGUGCUCCAGGACAGAAGGAAUGCGAUAUUGCUAUUCAGAAGUUGAACCGAACGAUCCGCGACCUCGACCAGGCCUCACUGGCCGCCAUCAGCCAGAGUCUGGCACCACGCGAAGAGAAAUCUCUCAAGGGUUUCCAAGAACAAAUGAUCAACAGUGCAAGGGAGAUAAUCGACACAAUUGACGCCAUCAGACGAGCUGCCAAGAGUGAGCCGGAAACGCUGGGACAUCUCAUCAACUCGAUGGCGUCGUAUUUCGAACCGCUGGCUGACGGAGCUGUCGGCACAGCGUCCCGCAUUCUUAACUCCAAACAGCAGAUGAAUGUCCUUGACCUUUGUAAAACAGUGUCCGAGUCGGCAUUGCAGCUGAUGUUUGCAUCCAAAGAAGGGGGAGGCAAUCCCAAGGCCGUACAGAGUCACAGUAACAUAGACAACGCAGCUGAUGACAUGAAGGACGUCCUACAGGAUCUCCUACAGACCAUCGAGGAGGCCGCAUCACAGACGGGGGCCGUCACUACCAUGAUUGACAGCAUAUCAAAGUCCAUUACCAAGACCGAUGAGAGAGUGUCGGUGCUGGAAGGCCAGUCAUUUGUCGACUUUCAGACCAACAUGGUGCGUCUUGCUAAACAAAUGGCUCGGACAGCCCAGGAUAUGGUUGGAAAGUCGACGACCAAUGUGACGGAACUGGGUCAUCUCGCCAACAUGUUGUCUCGAGAUUAUGGACAACUCGCUAACAAUUCUCGUGGAGCUGCAGCGGCCGUCAACAAUGCUGACAUUGGGAACCGGAUCCGCUCCACGGUUCAGGAUCUGGGCAAGAGUUGUAUUGAGAUGGUUCAGGACGCGGGGAACCUACAGGCCAACCCGACGGACAGCUACUCCCGCAAAGAUAUGAGUGACCACGCCAAAAACAUAUCAGAAAAGGUUUCGUACUUGUUAGCUGCGCUACAGGCCGGUUCACGAGGUACCCAGGCCUGUAUUAACGCAGCCAGCACCGUGAGUGGAAUAAUCGGAGACCUCGACACGACGAUCAUGUUCGCCUCCGCCGGAACUCUGAAUGCUGAGGGAGAUGAUUGUUUCGCUGAUCACAGAGAGAGUAUUUUGAAGACCGCCAAAGCGCUGGUUGAAGAUACAAAGACACUGGUUGCUGGGGCAGCGUCCAAUCAGGAACAGCUUGCCGCAGCUGCCCAGAUGGCAGUGAAAACUAUCACCCGAUUGGCUGAUGUUGUCAAACUGGGGGCGGGGUCCCUUGGGUCUGAGCAACCAGAAGCCCAGGUUUUGUUGAUAAACGCUGUCAAGGACGUGGCGUCUGCUCUCUCCGAUCUUAUCAGUUCGACUAAGAACGCGUCCGGGAAGAGUGUCAGUGACCCCGCAAUGCUACACUUGAAGGACUCGGCUAAGGUAAUGGUUACUAAUGUGACGUCACUGUUGAAGACAGUAAAGACCGUGGAAGAUGAGACUGCUAGAGGGACACAGGCUCUGGAGUCGACAAUCGAGGCUAUUGGGCAGGAAGUCAGAGCCUAUGAUGUCAGUGAGGACUACACCAAGGGAACCGCUGAGGACAUCAUUCGAUACACUAAACCUGUUACCAUGGCAACCGCUAAAGCCGUUGCCGCGGGCAACUCGCUUCGGCAGGAAGACAUAAUAUCCUCCGCUAAUAUGGGAAGAAAAGCGAUCUCAGACCUGCUGCACGUCUGCAAAGGUGCUGCAUCAACAGCCGAGACAGCAGAAAUUCGACAGAGAGCCAUCAAUGCGGGCCGUAUGUGUGCUGAUAGUUACAAGGAUCUGUUGGUGGUCGUACACCAGUGUGUGGUGAAGCCAUCUCAGGAGAACAAACAGGGACUUGCACUCAUAUCACGCAAAGUAGCCAAUAGUGUCAGCGAGCUCGUCCAAUCAGCUGAGGCCAUCAAAGACUGCAGGCCGCGAGUUCGACCAAAACGAGACUCGAAGGAAAUCCGAUGGUCGUAUAGGGUGCCAGGACUUGACUGGGUAGACCAUGAAGACCCGAUGGUGAUCGCGGAGAAUGAGUUGCUGGGAGCCGCCAACUCCAUCGAGGCUGCCGCCAAGAAACUGGCCCUGCUGCGGCCGCGCCAGUCGGCCAAGAAAGCGGACGAGAAUCUAACUUUUGAUGAACAGAUCUUGGAGGCUGCCAAGUCGAUCGCGGCUGCUACAGCGGCGUUGGUUAAAUCAGCGUCGGCUGCCCAGAGAGAACUGGUGGCCCAGGGGAAGGUUGGGUCUACGUACACAAAGCAUGCUAUAGACGAAGACGGCCAGUGGUCGCAGGGACUCAUCUCGGCGGCUCGCAUGGUGGCGGCGGCCACUCACAGCCUGUGUGAGGCGGCCAACGCCAUGGUGCAGGGACAGGCCAGCGAGGAGAAGCUGAUCGCCUCCGCCAAGGAAGUGGCCGGAUCCACCGCGCAGCUACUCAUGGCAUGCAAGGUCAAGGCCGACCCGGGAUCUGUGGCCAUGAACAGACUUCAGCAUGCUGGGAAUGCCGUGAAACGCGCGACCGAGGCGCUGGUGCAGGCUGCCCAGCAGUCUAAAGAACAUGAGACCGACGACUCACUGAUGAUCAACAAGCGGAUGGUCGGGGGAAUAGCACAGGAAAUCAUGGCACAAGAGGAGAUUCUUCGCAAAGAAAGGGAGCUGGACGUUGCUCGUCGAAAACUUGAGAAAAUUCGCCGAGAGAGAUACAAAGACAAACCCCCGGAAGAAUACGAUUCCUCGUCCUCGUUUUGAGAUCAGCCUGCCACAGCCAGCUUGGACCAGAUUAGACCAGAACCAACCAGUACAAACCAGAAUGAAAUAUAAACAGUUUUUGUUGGUGUGUAGCGCCCUCCAUAAAAAGACUGGUUUCAUUAAUGGAGACCAUAAACUCGUUACAUAUAGCUGAGUUGAUAUUCAUCAUUCGCGUGCCUAUCUCUGUUUAUUGUCGACUAUAAAUAUAUGUAACUAACUAAGUAUGUCAUUAUGUUUGGACUGCUGAGUAGGUUUUGUGUGUGUAUUUAAACAGUUUGCCAUAAUUACUAAUAAUAUUUGUAAGGGGCCAUUAAGAUAUUACAUAGUGCCCGAGGCGAUGGGGAAGUGUAAGUUUGACGGUUACAGUAGGUUACAGUAGGUAUAUAGACGUAGGUAUUAUUUUUCCAGCGACAUCACUUUUCGUAUUAAUGUUUAACAUACAUUUUUGUCCUGGGGGGGUGGGGGGAGGGGGGGGUGCACAGAAGGAAAGGAGUGCUGAACAGAUUUAAAUAUAGAAAUAUUUUCAUGAAAAAACUUCCUGUUCCUCUUUGAAGUUUGAAGUAACUCGCUGGUUUCUUUUUUUUCUAUGUGCCUGUAGUGGUUUUGUCAAUUAAUAUUUUUUUUGUUUUUUAAAUCUUUAAUUAUGCAGUAAUUAAGCAUUUUGUUUAAAAAUAAUAAUAUUUGUAAUCUAAACCACACAUGAUUCAGUCAGCAUUAUCUAUGGUGCUAUAGCGCUUUACUACUAACAUAUAUAUAUAUAUAUUGUAUAUAGUAUUGUAAGAAUUGUGCAUCAAGUUCUUUGUGGAUGUUCUUGUUAUGUGAGUGUUUCGGACGGUGGCCAUUUUAUUAAUUUUCUUCACUCCUAAUUGUUUUGUAAAGUAUGAAAUUCUAACAUAUCAUUGGCGGGUUGCGCAUUUAGCUGAAUUCCAUGUUUCCAUUAAUCCUAGACUUCGGGUUGGAAAUGAAAGAUUAAGAGAUGGAAUCCCAAUAUGGCGCAAUAUUUAAAUCCCCAAAUUCGCCGUAUUUAAUUACCCAUUAAUUUGGAUGGUGUAAAGACCUAAUAUUUAAAUCCCAAAAUUCGCCAUAUUUAAUGACCCAUUAAUUUGGAUGGUGUAAAACCUCAAUAUUUAAAUCCCAAAAUUCACCAUAUUUAAUGACCCAUUAAUUUUGGAUGGUGUAAAAACCCAAUAUUUAAAUUCCAAAAUUUGUCAUAUUUAAUGACCCAUUAAGUUGGAUGGUGUAAAAACACAAUAUUUAAAUCCCAAAAUUUGUCAUAUUUAAUGACACAUUAAGUUGGAUGGUGUAAAAAAAAACAAUAUUUAAAUCCCAAAAUUUGCCAUAUUUAAUGACCCAUUAAUUUGUAUGGUGUAAAGACCCACUAUACAUACUGUAGUAAUGUGAAUUUUCAUUGGUUAAAGUCGAACACCCUAGUUUUAACCUGUGAAAACGGACGCUUGAGUUUGGUUAAUCUACAUUUUACAAAGCUGUAACACAUUUGGAUAGAGUUACAAUAGAGUGAAACACAAAAGGCUAUGACAGUGAAAUGGGGAAAUAUCCUUAAAAAUAGAAUAGAGCUCUUCUCCAUAACCCUUACUUCUCGGAGGUAUCUGUACGUGCAUUUUUAGGAUGCGUAAUACUUUAACAUGCUCAUAUACCACAAAGGUUUCGAGCAAUUUUUAGAAUGCGUAAUACUUUAACAUGCUCAUAUACAUGUACCACAAAGGUUUCGAGCAUUUUUAGAAUGCGUAAAACUUUAACAUGCUCGUAUACAUCAACGGUUUCGAGCAUUUUCAGAAUGCAUAAUACUUUAACAUGCUCAUAUACCACAAAGGUUUCGAGCAAUUUUUAGAAUUAUGAAAAAAAAAAUGCAUUUGGUCACAACAGAUGAACGAAAACAUUUUGGAUGUUAUAAACAUUAUGCAAGUAAAUCUAAUUUUCAGUUCUCGACGAUGGCUCUUAAUAGCAAAAAAUAUGUUGUGUCUAAAAAGAAAGAGCUGUCACUUUGAGUGUCUUAGUCAAGUCAUGGUCAUUCAGUUAUGUAUAAAACAUUUAAAGGUAUGGUCGUAAAUUUCAUGACAUGCAGUCACGUAACACUGUUUAUUAGUCUCCUACGGGUCCAACUGGAGGGGACUAGGUUUCAUCUCGGUCCUAUAUGUCUGCCUGUCUGUCUGUACGUCCGUCUGUCCCACAUAUAUUUUUCAGGAUGUUUUUUUUUAGAAUGCCUUGUGAUAUUGAAGUGAAAUAUUUUGUAUAGCUUUAUAAUGUACUGUUAAAGAUAACUUUUGACUUUCAUGGUGAUUUACCCAUUUUUGACAGAGUUAUGGCCCUUGAACUUAGGAGAUGUGAAAAAAAAAAAAAUCCUGCAUUUUUUUCAGAAGGUCUUGAGCCGAUAUUUUGUGUAUAGCUUUAUAAUGUACUGUUGCGGAUCAAGUUUGACGUUCAUUGAACUUUGGAGAUUUUUUGUUUUUAAGUUCUGGACUUUUUGUUUUACAAUGCCUUUUACUGAUCAAGUUUGAUCGUUUAUGGUGUUUUACCCACUUUUCACAAAGAUAUGUCCCUUAAAUUUAGGAGAUACGACAAAUUGUUUGCUUCGGUAGGGGACGUGUAUUGCUUUAGCAGUACUCUCAUAAUGCGUGUUGACGGUAAACCUGUGUAAUCUGAAGUGGUGGGGUGGGCAUUGUACAUUCUGAUACUUCAGUUUCAGAGAUGGGGCCAGUGCCCCACCCCCCACCCCACCCAACCCCCACCCCACCCCCCACUCCAUACCUGUGUUAAGGUUUGAUAUAUGUCCUUGUAGAGAUGGCUGCUUUAAGUUUAAUUAUCAUGACAGUUGUAGUUUCAACAAAUGUGAUAACUGUGUAUCUUGUACAUGUAUCUCGCUAUCAUAAGCAUGCGUGAAGCAUAUCAUUUUUUAUAUUCUUCUUCAUAUCCCUAGUGCAUAUGAAUAUAUGUAAGAUAUUUGACAGCUGUAAUAAAUGUUAUAAUAUGUAUAUUUAAUACAUA